AUGCCGCAUUCGCAUGUCAACAAUACCAACGUCAGCGACAGCGACACCAGUCUCAACAUCGUCGAGUUCAAAGGGAUAGGGGGUGGCCGGACUAGCGGGGGUGGCGCCGCCGCCGCCGCCGCCGCCGCCGCAAUCAGUGGCAGCUCAGUCGUGUGCGAUGGUUCCUUUUAUCGCCUGGGAUGGUUCUUUCAGUUCUGGGUGGUUAGGGUUUAUUCCCCUCUCCUGACGCACAUAUCCCAUAAUGACAUAUACACUGAGUCAAUAUGGAAAUAUAAGUAUCUGUCUGUCGAAGUCGAGCUUCCUCCAGUAAACUCAAUCUCAAUCUUCUUGCCAUACCAGGUUCACCGGGAUAUUAUCUCCCUAUCUACUUCUCUAUCUACCUCAAUAAAGCAGAUAUAUUCAUGUCAAUCAGCAGGAUCAUGUGGGGUAACAAUUCCGCCGCCAAAAAAUAUUAUGAUCGAGGCCUUAGAGUUUACACUGACUAAAGACCCGAACGACAAAAGGAAGCUUUUGGAAGUCAACAAAAAAGAAAAUUGUGGGAGGCACGAGUGUCCAAAGAACCCACGGCGGCGGCUAAGACCGGCGCCAGAACUGAAGCCGGUCAAGAAUGUCCUCCACAAGCAAUCGAACAACAGGCCUCGUAACCACAAGGGAAUCCAGCAGCAGGGUCAUCAUGAUGGCAGAAACUUAGAGAACAAUUUCAGACAGACAGAUGGCCCGGCAAGAGCAGGUAAGAAUGAUGGUGACCCUGACCACCACAAGUCGACGAGAGAAAUUAAGGACCUGACGCCUGUAGGCACAUCUGAAGGGGGUUAUGACACGGUGCAGCACAAUGCUCUCAGAGACCUUGCUCUCAGAAACCUUACUGCUGCUGUGAAGGACAUGCGUGAGGAGUUGGCUAUGGUCAAGAUUAGUGUGAAGCAGAAGGUUGAUCAAGAUGAGAAUGAUACUGGAGUGCAAGAGGACUAG